AUGCUAUGGAAGUCUCUUAACUCCGCCAGCUCUCUCUCUCUCUCUCUCUCUCUCCCUCUCUCUCUCCCCCUUAUCUACAAAAUCCCCGAAAAUUUCGUUCUCCACGAACCCAACGACCGCCGCCGUCACCAUGCUCUUCUCUCUGCCGUCGGCGAUCUCCGCCGGGAAAUCCUAUCUCCGUCAGAACCCUCUGUAAUUCUCCCUCUUAUCCAAAGCUUUCGGCUUUGACGCACUAUAAUACCUACUGUGCAUCUCUUGCUUAAGCCCCUUCAAUGGCGUCAACGCCUCCUCACUGCUCGAUCACUGCCACAAAACCCUACCAGAACCACCAGUACCCUCAGAACCAUCGCCAGACCCGCCAACAACCUAAAUACCAUCGCCCAUGGGCCCCGCAACGGUUCUCUCCCUCACCACGCGGCGGACCCAGAACAGCUCCUCCGUCCUCCUCCUCCGCCGCCGCCGCCGGUCCGCUCUCGCAGACUCCUGCCCUUUUCCCUGCGUUAUCUCCUCUGCAAACCCCGAAACCGGAUCUGUCUCCGGACUUCUCGGGUCGCCGAUCGACCCGGUUCGUCUCCAAGAUGCACUUCGGCCGACCCAAAACCACCAUGGCCACUCGACACAGCUCCGCCGCGGAAGACGCGCUCCAGCUCGCUAUCCAAUUCUCCGGAGACGACCAAGGGCUCCACGAUCUGCUCCUGAGCUUCGAGUCCAAGCUCUGUAGCUCCGACGACUACACUUUCAUACUCCGCGAACUCGGGAACCGAGGUGAGUGCGAGAAAGCUGUUCGCUUUUAUGAGUUCGCUGUUAAACGAGAGAGGAAGAAGACUGAGCAAGGGAAGUUAGCGAGCGCCAUGAUCAGUACUCUUGGUAGGUUAGGUGAAGUUGGCAUUGCAGAGAGAGUCUUCGAAACCGCCAUGGCUGAUGGGUAUGGUAACACUGUUUAUGCGUUUUCUGCUCUAAUUAGCGCCUAUGGACGAAGUGGGUAUCACAAGGAAGCCAUUAGAGUCUUCAACUCCAUGAAAAACUAUGGCUUGAGGCCGAAUCUAGUGACCUACAACACUGUGAUCGAUGCGUGUGGAAAAGGGGGGAUGGAGUUUAAGCAAGUAGUGGAGUUCUUCGACGAAAUGCUGAGGAACGGGGUGCAACCCGAUAGAAUAACUUUCAAUUCUCUGCUUGCUGUUUGCGGUAGAAGCGGACUGUGGGAGGCAGCGAGGAAUUUGUUUGAAGAGAUGUCGAGUAGAGGGGUCGAACAGGAUAUCUUUACGUAUAAUACUCUUCUGGAUGCGAUUUGCAAAGGUGGGCAGAUGGAUUUGGCAUUUGAUAUCAUGGAACAGAUGCCCAGGAAGAACAUCAUGCCUAACGUUGUAACUUAUAGCACAGUGAUUGAUGGCUAUGCUAAGGCUGGUAGGUUCGAUGAAGCUCUUAACUUGGUCGGUCAAAUGAGGUUUCUCGGUGUCGCACUUGACAGGGUUUCAUACAAUACUCUGCUUUCGGUUUACGCUAAACUCGGUAGAUUCGAAGAGGCACUGGAUGUUCUUAAAGAAAUGGAAACUGUCGGGAUUAGGAAGGAUGUCGUGACUUACAAUGCUCUUCUUGGAGGGUAUGGGAAACAGGGGAAAUACAACGAGGUGAAAAUCGCUUUCGGGGAGAUGAAACGGAAGGGUGUCUCGCCUAAUAUACUGACUUACUCAACCUUGAUUGAUGUGUAUUCGAAAGGGGGAUUGUACAAUGAAGCGAUGGAGGUGUUUAUGGAGUUUAAGAGUGUAGGUUUAAAGGCUGAUGUCGUGUUAUAUAGUGGGUUAAUCGAUGCCUUGUGCAAGAACGGGUUGGUAGAAUCCGCUGUUUCUUUGCUCGAUGAGAUGACGAAGGAAGGCAUUAGGCCGAAUGUUGUAACUUACAACUCCAUGAUCGAUGCAUUCGGCCGGUCCAUAGCCACAGAAUCUUUAGCUGAUGCUGCAGAUGAUAACAGUGGAUCCAAUGGCUUAGAAUUUGAAUCUUCAUCUUCCUCCGAUUCGUCCACUUGGGCAGUCGGGAAAGACGACUCGAGAAAUGAAUUGACUGAAAGAGAGGAUAACCGAAUCAUAAAGAUUUUCGGGCGGUUAGCCGCCGAGAGAAGUAAUCGGGUGAAGAAAGACUGUAAGGAGAGUAGACAAGAGCUCUUCUUUAUACUGGAAGUUUUCCGUAAAAUGCAUGAGCUUGAAAUAAAACCAAACGUCGUAACCUUCUCCGCCAUCCUGAAUGCUUGCAGUCGAUGCAACUCAUUUGAAGAUGCGUCAAUGCUACUAGAGGAGCUUCGGCUUUUCGAUGGCCAGAUAUAUGGCAUUGCGCAUGGACUCCUUAUGGGCUACCAAGAAAACUUGUGGCUCCAAGCUCAGACCCUUUUCGACCAAGUGAAGACAAUGGACACUUCAACUGCUUCUGCCUUUUACAAUGCUCUAACCGACAUGUUAUGGCACUUUGGUCAGAAACAAGGAGCGCAAAUGGUGGUGCUCGAGGGGAGACGUAGGCAAGUUUGGGAGAAUGUGUGGUCUGAUUCAUGCUUGGACUUGCACCUCAUGUCAUCCGGUGCGGCCCGUGCAAUGGUCCAUGCAUGGCUUCUUAACAUACGCUCCAUCGUCUACCGAGGCCACGAGCUACCGAAACUCUUGAGCAUAUUGACGGGAUGGGGAAAGCAUAGCAAAGUGGUGGGAGACGGGACGCUAAGGCGAGCGGUGGAAGCGCUGUUGAAGGGAAUGGGUGCACCGUUCCGAGUAGCCGACUGCAACAUCGGCCGGUUCAUAUCGAGUGGCUCUGUGGUUGCGGCUUGGCUCAGAGAAUAUGGAACACUCGAGGUCCUUGUUCUUCGUGACGACAGGACUCGUCCUCAACCCACCGCCAUUACUGCUAGCUCCAGACAGCCAGCAACCUCCUUCUCUCUUCAACCACUCCCUUUGUAGUUUUUUUUUUUGUGACAAUCUUAUUUAUUGCCCUUUUGUUCCUAGUGAAUGUUGUUUGUCUGUAAUAACCAGACAGAAGGGACGUAAUGGAACCAUUCUCGUCUCGAAUU